CUAGUUGAUUUCAGUUUGGCUGAUUUGUUUCGUUUGAUCUAGGUAGCUGCAUCUGACGUGAUUCUUGUUUCUGUUUGGCUUGAACUGUAUUGAUUUUGUUAAGAAUAGUCGUCAAAAGCUGCCUCUAGGCCUGAAGGCAGUUAUGGUGCAGGAGGAUGCUUGAGAAUGUGUUUCAUAUGAAAAUUAUAGGGUGCACCUAAAAUCCUCCCGUUUGUGGCGUCUCAAUGAUUUCUGUAGAGCUUCGUUUCAUCACUUGUGUUCAUAUUUGUCGUUCACAAGUGUUUCAGUAAAUGUUUGUGGCUAUAAUCAGUAACUUUCCAAAACGGUAAUUGUGGUAAGGAAAUUGUAUUUUUUCCGCUAUAGUUUCCAAGUCAAUGUCUCUUUCAAGUUGCUUAUUGUACUCUGUUGGCUAUUCGUGAAUUUUUAAUUCAAAAGCUUCUGUUUUCAUUUACAGUGGUACCGAAUGAACGCAUUGGCAGCUGGAGAGAAUGACAACCAACCUGCCCUUCCUAUAUCAGUGGAUAUCAAAAAAUCUUUUGACGGAAUUAUGUUUAGUCACCGGUAUACCAGUUGAGUUCAAGUAGAAGAUGCUCUAAGUCAGCUAGAAUCAGCAACUCAUACACAUUAUGUGAUCAAAAAGUGCAUACGGGACCAUGAAUCUCAGGAUUUGAAGUACAAAUUAGUAGUCUUUCGUUGUACAUAUGGCAUGAAGCGAAAAACUAGAGGUUCAGGUUUACGCGUCAAACCGUAAGAAUUCUAUUAUUUAUUUCUGCAGUGCAAAAUACACCGGUUGCCAAUCUGGCUUUCGUAUACGCUACAAGGAAGACGAGUUUAUCAUUUCUUCCGCGAAAACAGUUCACAAUCACAGAUGUGAAAAAAGUCUUAUGAUAGGUGAUCCAUAUUUUAGACGCCUGUCCGGGGAUGAAAAGGAGAAUAUUGCACCAGUUGUGAAGACUACAUCUGAGGUUGCUGAUGUUUUGGAAUAUGCUGAAGAGAAUUUUAAUAAAAUUUUGACGAGCACAGAUGUGUAUAAUUUACGUAAGGAUGUGAAACCAGCCAUGCCUUUGAGAUCAGAUGUUAUGCGCAUAAUAAGGCAAAGCGGUCAGGUGGUUGAAUACAUGGAUUCGAAUACGGGGAUAACCAGCAGAAUUUGCUUCGCCCUGGAAUCACAGGUUCAGUUAUAUCGGAAAUAUGGAGAGGUGGUGUGUAUUGACUCAACAUACAAUACCAAUAAGGACGGUUGGUGGUAACAGACAAUAUGGGUCAUGGCAGGCCUGUU